AUGAUUCCAACCAAGAUGUCUGCCGCCACGCGUGCCGCUACCCUGCGGUCUCAGGCACCGAUUCUCCGGUCCUCUCAGCGCUUCUCGACUCGCGCCGGGUCAUAUUCGGCGGUCUCAGCUCAAACCUCAGUAUUGUCUCCUAGGUCAUCCCGAGCCAUUGUUCAACCCGCCCCUCGCACUGUCACCCAAAUUGCCUCUCCGUUCGCCGCCCUCCCGUUGACACGUUCAUUCCACGUCGCAACCUCCCUCUGGCAACAACAGCAAUCCCAAAAGCAAGGCGAGGAGAAGCAGAGUGAGGAUUCUAAGUCUGAAUCACAGGGCGAGGGAUUUAAAGAGGAAGGAAAGGAGGAGGAGAAGAAGAAGAAGAAGGAAGACGCACCUCCACCGCCACCUCACGGAGACAAAUCCCCAUGGCAGGUAUUCCGUGAGACUUUGCAGACUGAGUUCAAAGCCUCCAAGGAAUGGGAAGAGUCUACCAAGGCGCUGGCAUCCUCAGCCCACCAAUUUACCGAGAACGAGAACGUCAGACGUGCGCGUGCUGCUUACGAGUCGGCCUCAGGAGCUGCUACAACCAAGACUGGCGCGGCAUUCAAGACCACCGGUCAGGCUCUUGGAAAGGGAGCUGCUUGGACCUGGAACACUUCCGUCGUGAAGGGUGUCCGCAAGGGUGUCAAUGCUACCGGAGAGGGACUCGAGAAGGCCACACGACCCGUUCGUGAGACCGAGGCAUACAAGAGUGUCAAGGAUGCGAUUGAUGAUGGUAGCAGUUCCCGCUACGGCGGUUGGGUUGAAAAGGAGGAGCGCCGCAAGGAGCGACAGCGUCGCGAGGCGCUGGACCUCAAGUCUGGCAAGAUUCGCCACGUUGACCAGAUGGUUGAGAACCCUGACGCCGGUACCCACGUCACCAUUCACAAGGACGCCGCCUGGAAGGACUCGUGGCGUGAAUUCAAAGACUCCAACCCCAUGAUGCAAAAGCUGUUCACCAUGAAGGAAAACUAUAAUGAGUCCGAGAAUCCUCUUAUCAGCACAGCUCGCAGUAUUUCAGACAAGAUUGGAGGCUUUUUCGCCGAGAACGAGACCGCCCAGGUCAUCAAGAAGUUCCGCGAGAUUGAUCCCAACUUCCAGAUGGAGCCUUUCCUGCGGGAGAUGCGCGAUUACAUGCUCCCUGAAGUGCUCGAUGCUUACGUCAAGGGAGACGUUGAGACUUUGAAGCUUUGGCUCUCCGAUGCUCAGUAUAGCGUUUACGCUGCUCUUGCCCAGCAAUACACCACCGCCGGCCUCAAGUCCGAUGGUCGUAUUCUCGACAUCCGUGGCGUUGACAUUUCAAGCGCCCGUAUCCUCGACCCCGGUGACAUUCCCGUGUUCGUUGUCACUUGCCGGACCCAGGAGAUCCACGUUUACCGCAAGGCUAAGACUGGCGAGCUUGCCGCCGGUAUGGAGGACAAGGUUCAGUUGGUUACUUACGCCAUUGGCUUGACCCGUAUUCCCGAUGAGGUCAACAACCCCGAAACUCGCGGUUGGAGAUUGAUCGAGCUCCAGAAGGCCGCGCGCGACUACAUCUAA